ACACAGAGCCCUCCCCUGUCUCUCACUGCCUCCCCCCUUCCCCCAGGCUACAAUACACCUUACCCCUCCUCUGUUACUCAGGGAAAGGCUCCAUUUUCUGAGCAGUUCGGAAUUCACUUGUGGAGCCUGUGUGCACUUAGCAGCAGCUCUUCCUUCCGCCCACCUGGGCAGUCCCCCCUCUCUCUCUAGUGGGGUCUCAGGUUCUGGACUUUCCUCUGACUUUUCACGCACAGAACUUUGACUAGUGGAGGCGGCAGACUGAGGACAGGGAUCCCACCAGCGCCUGGGACAAUGGCACGGAUCCCAGCCAGAGGGGGGACGCUACUCCUGCUGAUCAUGGUUUUAGUUGGCGUUGGACAUAGUCUUCAUUUACAGGUGAUGGAAAGAACCAGAAAGCAAAAUGGUGAUAAAGCCAUUACUACGAAAGUAAUAAGAUACAAGCGAGAAUGGGUUAUACCGCCUGUUACAAUCACAGAGGAACAGGAUAAUUCUUGGAGGAACCCAAUAGCAAAAAUUCAAUCAGAUUUUAUGACGGACAGGAGUAGGAGAAUAACCUAUCGCAUUGAGGGAAUGGGGGUGACAAAACCUCCUCUUGGUAUUUUCAUUAUCAAUGAAAGGACUGGAGAACUGAAUGUAACAGGAAUUGUGGACAGAGAAGAAACACCAAUGUUUUUUCUUAAAGGGUAUGCGCUAGAUCAAGAAGGAAACAACGUAGAACCGCCAAUAGAUCUUCGAGUAAAAGUCGUUGACAUUAAUGAUAAUGAUCCCGUUUUUAAUAGUGAAGUCUUUUUUGGUACCAUCGAGGAGUCAAGCCCAGCAAAUACCAUAGUUCUGAAGCUAAAUGCAACUGAUGCAGAUGAUCCAAAUACUGUCAACGCUAAACUUGCCUAUAAAGUUAUUUCUCAAGAACCAGGAGAUACACAAAUAUUUGAAAUAAAUAAAGAUACUGGGCAGGUUUACACCAAAGUAUCCAAUAUUGAUAGAGAGAUAGUAAGCAGUUACUAUGUAGUUGUCGAAGUGAAAGAUAAUGAUGGAAAACCGGGUUCUCUGUCUGGAACCGCUGCAAUCAAAGUCAAAGUUACUGAUGUAAACGACAACAUUCCAACCCUUGAAAAGGACCAGUAUGAAGGAACUGUUGAUGAAAAUACAGCAAAUGUGGAAGUUCUGAGAAUGAAAGCUAUUGACCUGGAUGAAGAAUUCACGGAUAAUUGGCUUGCUAAAUUUACCAUUGUCUCUGGAAAUGAAGAUGGCAUUUUUGAGAUAAUAACAGAUGCUACAACUAAUGAAGGGGUUCUGAUGGUUGUAAAGGAAGUUGAUUAUGAGAUAAUGCAACAGGUUCAACUGAAUGUUGUGGUUUCAAAUAAAGCAACAUAUCAUAGUUCAAUCCUAAGUUUUGGUGGAGGUGGUGGUGGUGGUGGAGGUGGUGGUGGAGGCGGAGGUGGUGGUGGAGGCGGAGGUGGAGGCGGAGGUGGAGGCGGAGGGGCAAAGGCAGUCCCUAUUAAAGUGAAGGUAAAGAAUGUCUCUGAGGGUCCUGUGUUUAAGCCAAAGCGAAAGGUUCUUCUGAUUAAAGAAGGAAAAACUACAGUGCAAACAGUGAUUGGAUCAUAUCCUGCAUAUGAUGGAGACACAGGGAAACUUGCUGAGAAUGUGAAGUAUGCCAAAGAAUAUGACCCAGAUAAUUGGUUCACAAUUGAUCCAACAACAGCUGAAAUCAAACUUAUUAAACUUCCAGACCGCGAGUCAAUAUAUGUGGUUAACGGGAGCUAUGUGGCGAAAAUAUUGGCCAUCAGUGAAGAUCUUCCAGGAAAAACAGCCACUGGAACUAUUGCCAUAGACGUUGCAGAUGAAAAUGAUAAUUGUCCUACUCUAGUGAAUCCAAUACAGACUGUUUGCAGCACUGCAAAUUUUAUCAAUGUAACUGCAGUUGAUCGUGAUGACUUUCCAUUUGGUGCUCCAUUUAAUUUUUCUAUACUGGAUGAGCCAGCUGGAUAUGCAAAAUUCUGGACUUUUGGACAAAGCAAUGGGUUCAGCAUACAACUGAAACCACAAAAUAUCUGGGAAGGACCACACAAAGUGCACGUUCUGGUGAAAGACAACCAAGGCUUGAGUUGCACAGAACCCCAGAUCCUUUCAGUCUUGAUUUGCUCCUGUGAAAAUGGGGAUACCUGCAGUGAGAGAAUGAUUGAAACAUCUGUAAAACUGGGAGCUGCAGCGAUUGGACUAAUGAUUCUGGCUUGCUUAUUAUUAUUAUUGGUGCCACUCCUAUUACUCUUGUGCUAUUGCGGAUCUGCUGGGAAGGGAUUUAUGGCCAUACCAGAUGGCACAGAGGCUACAUUUGUGAAAUGGAAUGAUGAAGGCGCUGCACCUGAAGACAUGGCUGGCCUUGCACCACAUAUACUUGCGGCUGGAAUUACUGCAGGAGGCAGUGGAGCUGGUGCAGGAGGUCUGGUGAAAGGAGAAGCAGGCUUUCAGUCUAUGGAUGGAAUGUACCACUCAAGCACCAUAAUAGAUAGAAGAUGGGAAGAGCAAAGAAAUUUACUAUCAGAUGCAGAGUUUGCCCAAGCAGGGGCUGCAGGAAACACAUUUAGAUCCAUGGCUGUGCUGGGUUCUGGAAGUGGAGCCAGUUUUGGGGGGGUUGCUUAUGGUGGAGCAAUAAUAGCUGGAGGAGGUUCAGCCCUAGAUGAAGGAUUCAUAAAAGAAUACUUCAGUGAUAAAGCUUUUGGUUACUCUGAUGAAGACCAGGCUCAGCCAGCAAAAGACUGCAUUCUCACUUAUACCCAGGAAGACGUUGGGUCGCUCUCAGGAUCUGUCGGAUGCUGCAGUUUUAUUGAAAGUGAAUUUGAUUAUGACUGUCUUGAUGAUUUAGGGGUGAAGUUCAAAGCACUGGCAGACAUUUGUCAGGGCAUGCAAGCAAACGCUGAUGUGCAAGUAGAGAUGCAUAAGUCAUAUGAGAAGCUUGCUGAAACAACUGAAGCACUUACUGUGCAAGAUGUGCAACGCUCACAGGCAAGUGUUAACUUUAGCGUAGAGAAAAAGGUAGAAGCUGCACCUGCCCCAUCUUUUGCCAAUAUGGAAAGUUCCUUUAGUUCAUUUGAAACACAUGUUCAAAGAAAAGAACCUGAAAUGGUAGUUAGAGAAGAAAUAAUUAGUGACGACUCUACUAGGUAUAUUCAUGAUCUAGCACCUCGAGGUAAUAUCCUUGUGACAGAAAAAUCUUACACCACCGGCCCUUCAUAUUUUCUUGAGCCGCUGCACCAGCAGAAUGUCUUAGUGACAGAAAGGUUAGUUGGCAGUUCUCCUAGUUUGCAUAACAUGAUCGACAUCAAGGAUGGACAGAAUGUUAUGGUCACUGAACGAGUGAUCACCUCUGACAAAGCAAGGCCUGGUUUUGUGGGAGUCAGUGAUCCUCCAGACUCAAAGUAUGUGGUUGUAACAGAAAGGAUGCUGGCACCUAGCUCUGGUCUACAGACCUCAUUGAGCAUUCCUGACUUGACUGUCGGGAAUAACGUUGUAGUAACUGAAAGGCAUUAUACUCCUAUACAGGGAAAUAUAAUCCUUACAGGUGAGAUUUCCGGAGGGAAAACUAUAGUGAAAGAUGGUGUUUUAUCUUCAGGCCAAUAUGCAAGUAAUGAUCAAUUCUUUACACAAGGGGGGUAUUUGUCAGAAGAUUUGCCACCUUCUACUAACAAUAUAAGUAAAUCUACUAGCAGAGUCACAAAACACAGCACUGUACAAUACACACGGUCUUAACUGCAAAAAUAACAACAACCUGGAUAGUGUUUUGUAGUUUAAAACAUUUAUUUUGUUCUAGACAAGGUAAUUUCUGUUUGAGAUACACAGUCUGUACAUGUUUAUUAGGCAAUAGUUUCUGCACCUUGCCCACAGAUCUCAUUUUUUUAUCCUUUUUUUUUUAUACCAAGUUUCUUUGUAAAUAUGUGUGCAGUUUCUUCAGCAACAACUUGGCUUAGUAUUCAGAUCCAAAUAGAACUAAUCUGAUACUGAACUCUCAAAAAGAUCAUUUUGUGGUGUUGAGCUGUCUGCACUAUUUUUCUUAGACGGAUUUUAAAAACGAUAUCAUCAUAGAAACGUAUCAGUUUCCUGCGAAAGGUACUUGAAACCCAUGCAGGAUUCAGGAUUACCCCACACGUCUUGCUACAAAGUCAGUCCACUGGUCUUGUUACAGCACAAUUUUCACACUUCAGAGAAAUGCUUUUCUUAUCUCUUUGCGCCACCAAAAUGGAAAUACUGUCUAUAAUUAUCUUGUAAUGUUACUGUUCUGUCAAUAACACUGAAAAGUAAAGCUGUACAUUCCCCCCUGC